GCAGCGGCUGCCAUGGCGGUCGCAUUGGGAACGAUCUUCAUGUCAUGCGGACUGGCAUCGAUGCUGGGGCAUGUGCCGAGCUUCCCGCAAGUCAGCAUGUGCGGCAUGUAUGCUCCUGAGCGCUACAUCUUCACGUUAGGAAUGAACGUCAGCGCGAUCCUGUUGGCGAUCUUGUUGCUCAUCAACCACUCCCGCAAGUUUGAGCCCGGUCAUCAAGACUCCUGGGACCUCUACACCAGACUCUCUGCUGGAGUCCAGCUGGGGGUGGGUCUCGCAGCUACAGUCUGCCUAGCUCUCAUGGGAACCAUCCCCGUCUCCGAGUUCCCGAUCCCCCACGUGCUGUUUGCCGCCUGCUUCUUCGCCCUCCUCGUCGUCUUCCAGGUUUGGAACUCCACCGAGAGGAUCUGCAUGCGAUCCCGCACGUUCUCGACCCUCUCGAUGGAGCAGCAGAACCUCUCCAUCAUGAAGGAGACCUGGAUGGUGGCAUGGAUGGUCGUCACCGCAGUCAGCUUCGUCACCUGGCAGACCACUGGAAACAGCAUCGUCCAGUACAUCGCGAUCUCAGCCGUCCUGCUCUACUUCAGCCCCUACAUCAUCGAGCUGCGCGACGUGUCGGUGGGCGUCGUGACCAACUCGGAAGAGGAUGCGGAGGUUAGGACAAGGUUGUUGGAAGGAGGCGACAGGGCGGGAGAGGGGCAGAGGAGGAACGGAGCUCCCAAGGGCUCUGUGGCCAUCGCGAUCUUUACCAUGCUGAUUAUCGUGCUAGCGUUGUUUGCCCUCGUGUUCUCAGUCGGUCUGAAUGCUCCUCCCUCCCCUGACUUGAAGGUCGGUGCCAGGAGACAGGUCUAGGGAGAAGGGAAGGAGAAGCAGAUUCAUUCCAUCCCUGAAUGAGUCUCGUGUGUCUGUAGGAGAUGGGAAGUUUUCGAGUGAGCGAGGAGGCGAGAAGAAAGGAGAUUCUCAUUCUCUACCCUCCUCGUCGCAGAAGUUUCUGAAGGUUGUUUUUGGAUGCGUUGGCCACAAGUUUUUUCUGUGCGAGUUGAUGACUAAGUUGUAUAUGUAUGUGAAUACAUCGAAAUCGAUG